AUGGAGAGCGCCGUCGAAGCGUACGUCCGCGGGCGAGCAGGCGCGGCCGUCGAUGACAUCGUCGUCGUCAUGACCGUCCAGAGCGUCCUGGAAGAGAUGGUCAACGACGUCGAGGUAUGGGACCUCGAGGUCGAGCGCAGCCACAUGGCCAAGGAGAUGCACCGCUGCAAGGCGCUCCUGGCGCAGUCGGCCGUCCGCGAGCGCGUCGAGUGGGACGAGAAGCAAAAGAUGGUGCAGCAGAUGCACGCCUUUCGCCUUCAAGGCAAGGCGCUCGCGACGAAGCUCAUGACGCAGGUCGAGCACGUGGCCCUCGACGCUGCUCGCCAUGAAGCCCUCGAGCGAGAGCUGGACGAAGCGAACGAGAAGCUUGCUUCCAUGGGCUCGCUGACAAGGGAGCUCGCACGUGCCCAGCGCGAAAUCCGCGACUUGCACCGGAAGCAGGGCAUCCACAACCUCCUCCAUGCCGCACCUGCACGCCACAGGGUCUCGGCUGCGCGUGUGGCCUCGGAUGCGUUGGCCAACUGCCCGGACAAGGUGGUCAUGGGCGUCUUUGCCUACCUUACUGCCCAUGACGUUUUGCGCGUAAGCAUGACGGGGCAGGUAUGGAAGACGCGCGUGUCGGUGCUCUUUGGCGUGCAAGCGCCGAUGGCGCCCAAGGUGACGCCACCGCCGACCCCGAUCCGGCGAAAACCCUCGUCCGUCUUCGACAAGACCCAGCUCGCUAAGGCCGACGAGAUCCUGCAGUCGCUGAGCAACCGCGAAGUCAAGUUCUUUCGCGAUCUCAUGCUGCGCAUGAAGCAGCUCGAAGCGUCGCUCACGCAGGUCGAAGUCGAGAAAGAGGACAUUGGUGCGCGCCUCCACGGCGCGGAGAAGGUCCGGGACUUCCUCAUGGACAAGCUCAAGGACCUCGAAGAAGCGCUGGCGACCUCGAUGGAGGAGACGGCCAAGGCCGGUGCGCAGUCGAGCUUGGACCGCGAGGUGCUAGCGUACCUCGACGUCAAAGUGCAGGAGCUUGAGGACGAGCUCAGCGUGCACGUCGCGCAGACCGACGAGUACCGCGCCGAGCUCGAGCGCGUCCAGCGCCAGCACAGUGCCAAGACGCAGGUCCUCGACGACAUGCUGCGCCACGUGACGGCUGAGAAGCGAGACCUCGACCUCCAGGCCAAGAGCCAGAAGAAAGUACUUGUCAAGGAAGUGCGCAUGCUCCGCGCAGAGAACGCGCGAUUGCAGGCCGAGUCGCGCGGCUAUCGGCUCCAGCUCACGCAGCUCAAAGAGUCCCUCCUCCAGCUCGACCAAUUUGAUGCCCCAGUCCUUGGAUAA